GGCGUGGGGGCAGGGCUUAAGGAGCGCGCGGGACACUGGUCCCGCGAGGAGUUCUGCGGGAAGUGGCGGGAGCCGCAGCUAUGGAGCCGCAGGAGGAGAAAGAAGCGCAGGUUGCUGCGUGGUUAAAAAAAAUAUUUGGAGAUCAUCCCAUUCCACAGUAUGAGGUGAACCCACGGACCACAGAGAUUUUAUAUCACCUUUCAGAGCGCAACAGAGUCCGGGACAGGGAUGUCUACCUGGUAACAGAGGAUCUGAAACAGAAAGCAAGUGAAUAUGAAUCAGAAGCCAAGCAUCUUCAAGACCUUCUCAUGGACAGUGUGAACUUUUCCCCUGCCAAUCUCUCUAGCAUUGGUUCCAGAUAUCUGAAUGCUUUGGUUGACAGUGCAGUGGUCCUUGAAACAAAGGAUACCUCACUAGCUAGUUUUAUCCCUGCAGUGAAUGAUUUGACCUCUAAUCUUUUUCGUACCAAAUCUAAAAAUGAAGAAAUCAAGCUUGAACUGGAAAAACUUGAAAAAAAUCUAACUGCAACUUUAGUAUUAGAAAAAUGUCUGCAAGAGGAUCUCAAAAAAGCAGAGUUGCAUCUGUGUACAGAAAGAGCCAAAGUUGACCAUCGUCUUCAGAACAUGGACUUUCUGAAAGCAAAGUCAGAGGAGUUCAGAUACGGAAUCAAAGCUGCAGAGGAGCAGCUUUCAGCCAGAGGCAUGGAUGCUUCUCUGUCUCAUCAGUCUCUAGUAGCAUUAUCAGAGAAAUUGGCAGAGUUAAAACGACAGACUAUACCUUUGAAGAGAAAAUUGGGGUCCUAUUUAGACUUAAUGCCGAAUCCAUCUCUUGCUCAAGUGAAAAUUGAAGAAGCAAAACGAGAAUUAGAUUCCAUUGAAGCUGAACUUACAAAGAAAGUAGAUAUGAUGGAACUAUGACCAGAGCCAAAAUAAACAACCUUUCCCCUAACAAAGUCAGUUUAAGUUUUUUUCCUUUGUUGUUUCUUAAUAACAUAAUUUCUGUGUUCUUAGAUGAGAUAAUAAUGUCACUAACAAAAUAAUGGUUUCUUUUUAUAUAUUGCAUUUUUGUGCCCCCAUAUAAAGUUUGCGUAUUAAAAAACCCUUUUCUCUU